AUGGCAACGAUGGCUAGUCGCACGCUGGAGCAGCGCUUCGAGCGCAUGUCAGUCAACGAUGAGAACGAUCCUGGUGAUGGUACUCGGCUGUACACAAAAUCUAAGGGUAUUGCGACGUCAACCGUGACCCAAUUAUCGCAGAGCACGAGCAGGCCGAAUCUGUUCAAAGUCGCACUCCAGUCGCAAAAUACCAACACCGUCCAGACAGUGACACUGCCCUCGCAGCAGGCACAGUGGAAGGGUCAAUCUGUUUCCAACACCCAAACGUCACCGGGAAAGAAGGACAAGACCGGAUCUUCAGCGCGCAGCUCCGAUGAGCAGGCGCUGGCCGAGCGGAGAUCGGUUACUAUGAUUCAGGAGCUGGCGCCAAAGACGUUCCAUCUAGGCAUGUUUGAGAUAGGGCGACCUCUAGGAAAGGGCAAGUUUGGCCGUGUCUACCUGGCCCGCGAACGAAGUAGCGGAUUCAUCUGCGCUUUGAAGGUCCAGUACAAGUCGGAACUGCAGCACGGUUCCGGUGUCGAGAAGCAGAUUCGCCGUGAGAUUGAGAUUCAGAGCAAUCUACGGCACCCAAACAUCCUCAAGCUAUAUGGCCACUUCCACGACAGCAAGCGAAUUUUCCUUAUUCUGGAAUUCGCAGCGAAGGGCGAGUUGUACAAGCACUUGAGGAAAGAGAACCGCUUUCCGGAAUGGAAAGCUGCUCAGUAUAUCGCACAGAUGGCCUCUGCCCUACGAUAUCUGCACAGAAAACACGUUAUCCACAGGGAUAUCAAGCCCGAGAACAUCCUCGUCGGUAUUCAUGGCGAGAUCAAGAUCUCCGACUUUGGCUGGAGUGUGCACGCCCCGAAUCACAGGAGAGCAACCCUCUGCGGCACGCUUGACUAUCUCCCCCCAGAGAUGAUCAAAUCUGGCAGCAAGGAUAACUCCUACGACGAGAAGGUCGAUCUGUGGAGCUUGGGUGUCUUGACGUACGAGUUCCUCGUUGGCGAGGCGCCAUUCGAGGACACGCCUGUCAUGACACAGAGGCGGAUUGCUCGAGCCGAUAUGACAAUCCCAUCCUUCGUCAGCCCCGAGGCUAGAGACCUCGUCAAGAAGCUGUUGGUAUUAGAUCCCGAGAAGAGGUUACCGCUGGAGGAGGUUCAGCAGCACCCUUGGAUCGUGAAGCACUGCGUGAAGGGCGAGAGAGCAACCAACAGGGCAUCGGGGAAAUGA